UUGGGGCUUUGUAAUUGUAAUGCAGCAAGAGCAUUGAACGCCAUUUUCGAGAGACGGGGAAUCGAAGCGCAACCGGGGCAAUGGAACAUAAGCGGCGAGCUCUGCAGUGGGUCGGCGCUGGGUGCAAGCCCCACCAUCGACGAGCAAGCUUUCAACCCUUUCAUCAAAUGCGACUGCACUUUCAAUUCCUCCACCGUCUGCCGCAUCACCGCCCUGUUUGACAACAAUCCUUCUUUUUCUUCUCUGCUUCAACAUUGGUCUUCCCCUCCGGCUCCGGCCGAUUCUUCUUCCCGGCAGUCGAUUUUGCUUCCUUCCGAGUCGGAUCCGGGCGAUUCCGACUCGAUUUCACUUCCUUGAUGAAAGAACUGCUAAAUUGAGUUGGGGGAAAACCCUAAAUUGGGUUGGGGAG